CUUGACGUGCCCGUGCUGCCGCGGGCCCAUUCGCUUUUCCUUCUUACCGUCAUCGUCCUCGGAGUCGUUCUGGUGUGCCGCUGCACUUUGCAGCCAUACCUUGCCAUAUAGACCGAGUUGCCUUAUUGUCGUCAUUUACUCGAGUUACUGAUAACGUAUCUGCCCGGGACCCAGGUCGUGGAAACUUUCUUAGGCUUCCCACUCCUCUGUGCUACCUCAUCCUAGAGGGGAAGCUCUUACAUACAGGUACCGCCUACCACCUUGGUUCAAUUAAGCUUCAUGCCCGAAUACGUCUAUGCUCUACAUGACUUCAUUCCGGAGAACGAGGACGAGGUACCCUUCCGAACGGGGGAACGGAUUGAGGUGAUAGAGAAGGAUGAUGCAUAUGGCGAUGGAUGGUGGACGGGCUUAAAUAUAUCCGGAAAGAAGGGCCUGUUUCCUCAGAGCUAUACCUCGCCUACGGAGCCCGCCGUCGCUGUCGGUAUUGCGUCAUCUUCUACACCUCCAGCGGACCCAGAUACCACUUUGAAAACGCCCCUACAGCCUCUACACGAAGAACCGGAGAUAGAAUCACCUCAGCCACCUCCCGCCAUAUUUCUCAAUGGCCAAGAAACUGACGGGGCCAAUGGCGACGGCGAAGUUAUGAAGGCGACCAUGACGGACGUUCAAAAGGCCAUCGAGCAGCUUGGUAGAGGGAACGGAAUAACCGACGACGCAGAUGGUGCUCGGAGCUUCAGUUUUGCCAGCUCUCGUGGAGGUCGGGACACCGAGGAAGAUACAGAUUUCGACAUGAGUGACGCUGACGCUGCUGGCGAUGAAGGAGAGGGUUGGCACAAAGGUGCUAGACGGAAACUGGCGGAAAAAGCGAGGCAAGCGGUAGAGGAUGCUGAGCGGUUGGAAAUGAUUGGUAUGAGCCGCUCGAGCAGUAACCGGACUUAUGCCCCUCCCAUCGCCGUGGAGCUCAGCGACGAGAGUGAAGACGAAGAGGAUGACCAACACUAUACGCAGGCACCUGGUUUCCAGAGCCAAAGGAGGCACUCAUACAUACCCGAAGAGGACGAAGAUGUAGAGUCUGUCCCUGGUCACUCUCUUUUACCUAGCGACGAGAAAACCCUGGGAGACCGAGUAUCGCGUUCUCCCCGCAGUUCGACGCAUUUCUCUCCCUCAGAACGUGACGACACAGACACCCAACCAGCUACAGCUACACGUACCAACUUUGCGGCGCAGCCAGAGCGAGUCACAACUCCUCCUUUAAGUGAAAACCAGCCAACUCCUCCCAAGUCUGUUACUCUAGCCCAAGCAGCGGCCAUUCCCAUGCCCCAAUCUCCUCCCGAAACAGAUCGUACCAAUACACCAAUAAUUGACGCUGUGGCUUCACUCCCGUCGCCAGUUCCAGCUGCGAUCUCACCAACAACUCAGUCCAAACAUAGCAGUGUAACGUCUUCACCUGCCUCUCCAUCUCAUAGCGCACCAGGGAAUGAUUCUUUGCUGUCGGCGACAGUCUCGACAAUACCAACUUCAGUGGACAAGAAGGAGAAAACUCAUCCAUCCGAAUGGACUCUGGAGGAAGUUGUCGACUGGUUGAAGAGUAAAGGCUUCGACCAAGAUGUCUGUGAAAAAUUUACCGAACAAGAAAUCACCGGCGAUGUUCUACUCGAGCUCGAUGUCAAUCUCCUCAAGACAGAGAUUGGUAUUAUGGCAUUCGGCAAACGCAUGAGAAUUGCCAACGCUAUCACGGACCUUCGUCGACCACCAUCCAUCGUCUAUUCCGACCACCCGGAACAGCCUUCUCCCCCCUCCCCGAUGAUCGUCUCACCUCACCUUUUCACAACCUCCCCUGCGACAUAUGCUGAAGGACCGAGCCACACACACUCGCGGAACCAGUCCCAGUCUCAGUCCCACCAUUCUUACCCCGGCUCAACCAGGUACUCACACAGCGUGCAGAGUUCGGUAAAUGGGUUCGCGGCUCUCAUCAGCCCAGAGAGCGCGCCACACACCGCAGAUACACCAGUUUCACCUCGAUCAACCCUGGAUCCCGAACCAGAGCCAACAGGGCUCGCUAUGCCCGCUACCAAUGGAAAGGCACCCAAAUCAAGGCCAUCUCAGCUAUCAUUGUCGCCUAGUGAUGGCGCAUUGAAUGCGUCUGUGAAAGCUGUUGGGGAUAUUCCUGAAGAAGCGGAAGAAGAGCGGGAAGAGCGGGCUGCGCAAAGUGAGGGUGAGGCUCUUCCUGCUCGUUCUGUACGAAGGAGAUUGUUUGGUCGUUCUCAUGACUCCGAGAAUUCAGGGAAAGAUUCCGGCUCUCGCGCAUCGAAAGAUGGAAUCUCGCCGUCCUCUUCGAUUCUUCCUCUCCUUACAGACAAGGACAAGGACAGAGCUAAGGACAAAGCCAAAGACAAAUACAAGGACAAGGACCUUACGCGCCAUGGACGAAAGCAGCGAAGUGUUGACGUCGGCAAGUCUGGUGAACGGCUUAGUUUGUUUGCCGGUUCAUUCGGUAGCACACUUGGCAAGAGUCGUAAACCUCCUCCAAAGUAUUCCGGCGACGAUACAUCCGAGAAAGGGUCUUCAUUCCAUCUUCCAAGACUGUACAGUACAAGUGGUCGCAAAACCUCCUCUUCUGGACGACCGUCGACUCCCGGAACUCCUAAACGCGGAUCAAAGGAGGAGAAGGACGGUCUCAGAGACGGGACAGCCCAGCGUAAAGAUUCGAAGGAGGCCAAGGAGGGACGUACAGAACAUGCGACUCUUCGCAAGCGGACGUCGUCUUACCCCGGAUCACAACCUGUAUCUCCCGAACUACCAAAAAGCGAAAGCAAUGUCGGUCAGCUCAAGCCCGGGCAGAGCAUAUUGGAACAGAUUGGCGAGCCUGAUCAUACCGGGUGGAUGCGCAAGAGAGGAGACCGUUAUAACAGCUGGAAGCUUCGUUACUUUGUUCUCAAAGGUCCUCAUCUCUAUUGUUUGAGAAGCGACAGUCCCUCGGAAACCAAGAUCAAGGGGUAUAUCAAUAUCAUUGGCUACCGAGUCACUGUUGAUGAGAACGUGAAUCCUGGCAAGUAUGGGUUCCGCAUCGAGCAUGAGCACGACAAGAUGCACUUCUUCAGUUCCGAUGAGAAGGUCAUCAUCAGGGAUUGGAUGAAGGCCAUCAUGAAGGCUACCAUUGCACGAGAUUAUACUCAACCUGUCAUUUCCUCAUGUAAUAUCCCUACGAUCCCUUUGAUGGUUGCCCAAGCUAUGAAUCCCGCUCCCCGACCACCGUCUCCCACAGCUCGGGAUGCUACUCAGAAAGCUCUUCGACGAGAUAACCCCAAUCAGUUGUCAAGUCGUGACGCUCGUGUCUUGAUGGGUCUGCCAUCAAGCGAUAACGCGAGGGAAGAACGGACACGACUAGAAUCGUUUUUCAGUGAUCAGUCUGUGGACCUCAGUGUCGAUACGAUAGAUGCCACCACUAAAGCUGCACCUCCGAGGCCUUCACGGAGGAAGAACUCCACGCUUUCCGUGAUGACGCCUAUGGACAAUGACCUUAUCGAAUGGGCCAACUCUCACCUUCCCUCGACGUUGCAAAUCAGCGAUACAACAGUGUCUAUUUACGGUGGUCUUCAUUUAUUCCGUAUCGCAGAGUCUAUAAAGGGCCGCUCGGUGUCGCCUCCUGUGCCAGACUCAGCCUUCCCGGUGGACUCGAACGACGAAAAGCUUGAUGGACUUUUCCGUCUUUUUGAUUUCCUUUUGGAUCAUGACGUGAAGAUGGGGAGCGUGAGUAUAAACGAUGUUCGACAAGGCAAGCCAGAGAAGAUAGUGCAGUUGCUGAGGGCCUUGAGAGCAUGGGAGGAUAAGCGCAAGGCUCUAGCGCAAAGCAUCAGAGGGUCUGUAUCUAGCGGGUCUGUUUCGGCUACAGGCUUUAUGGCCUCUUCUCCGUGGACGGCAAUAUGAUCAAGCUUUUGGACUUUCGGCAUCCCACGCGGGAAUAGUAUUACACUCUUUUUGGUUUCUGCCUUGCGUUUCAUUCGUGUCCUAUAUAUUCUCUUUCGCCAUCUUGGGACAUGUUUUGUACCAUACACACACACACUUUCUUUUGUAACCAUUUUCUUCUUAUAUCAUUACUCUACUUAUCUUGUUGUAGGAAUCAUAUUUAGUGCAUCGUUAAGGUUCAAUCAUGAUGAAUGCUAUUGAAACAGACGUUUAUGAGAAGUUACGGGUUACCCUUUAUCCUAGUACCCUCUACGAUCAUGAUGAGAUCAACUUCGUACGUACCGGCUAGCCGGU